UUUUGGGCUAAUAUUUCUCCAGAGUCUUUACUGCAACUCUGGGCAUCAUUUCCUCUAAAUGGGAAGCUUCAGCUGUGUUAUUAAGAGUAGAACUUUUAUUUUUAAAAAGUAGUUGAGGGACUUCCCUGGUGGCACAGUGGUUAAGAAUCCACCUGCCAAUGCAGGAGACUCGGGUUCGAGCCCUGGUCUGGGAAGAUCCCACAUGCCUUGGAGCAACUAAGCCCAUGCACCACAACUGCUGAGCCUGUGCUCUACAGCCCGCGAGCCACAACUACUGAGCCCGUGAGCCACAACUACUGAGCCCAUGUGCCACAACUACUGAAGCCCGCGUGCCUAGAGCCUGUGCUCCACAGCAAGAGAAGCCACCGCAAUGAGAAGCUCACGCACUGCAAUGAAGAGUAGCCCCUGCUCGCCGCAACUAGAGAAAAGCCUGCAUGCAGCAAUGAAGACCCAAUGAAGCCAAAAAUUUAAAAAAAAAAAAAAAAGUAGUUGAAAAGCUUUGAAGAUACAUUAACAUUUAUUCUUAAAGUUUUCCACAAAGACAUUUUUGGGUCAUUUGAUACAUAAAGCAUUACUCCCCCUUAGAACCCCACUAGCUCACCAUCUCAAAACAAGCCCUGAUUUAAUAUAGGUUGGGGGAAGCCUGGGUGGUGAGGGGAGGGUGAGAUCUUACAACAGGUAUCUAACGAAUGUCAUUGAAAACAUCUGGAGUGCUUGCCUCCUUUCCCCGAAACAGAUGCUAGAACCUUCGACCCACUGGCCAGUAAGAGCAGCUAACCUAAAACAACGCCCUUCCCUCAUUGUCUCUCAAGGUCUUUUAGGAGGGUGGUUAAUCUAGCUGUAUUUCCUCUUCCUGUUCUGGCUGCAGGGAGGGACAAGAUGAGGUGAAAGGAGGCACAUCUCCAAGAUCGGCUGGAGCCAUAGCAGAAGUACAAAUCCUGUUCCAGCUCCUGCCACUUCAUAGUACAAGCUACUUUCUCAGCCCUUUUUUCAGUUACCUGCUCAGCCAUCUGCCAGCAUCCAGCCAGCUAUGAAGCAUGAAUGAGAUGAGUCCUAGUAUCUCCCCAUCUAGGACUAGGAAUGCCCGCCUCCCACAUCCCCAGAUCCCCAAGACACCAGAGGGGACAAUAGAACCAUCGUUGCAUCUGCCCACAGAACUUCCAACUGCCUCGGGUCAUCCAAGGGGAUGUCGUGUCACAUUGUUUUUCCGAAAAAAUCUAUAAAAGCUUUAAUCUCACCUGGCUACAAGAGGAAGGCUAAAUGGGAUUUUCAUGCAUUAUAAAGUGUAGGCAACCUGAAUUCUUUGGUGAACUCAAGUUGACAGACUUUUCAUCCAGUGGGAUUUUUAGGCAAAGUCCCUGCUGAAAUUUUUUAUUUUCUUAAACUGGAGGCAUUUCCUUGAACUGCAUGUUUUAGGGCUCUUUUUCUUUUUCCAGAAACCCAACCAGAAAUAAGCCCCAAAGGGAGAUUUAUUGGAAAUAAACUGUUAGCCCAGAGAAUUAAGGAAGCACUACAGGAACUAGAUUACUUUGGGGACUCGUGGGCUGGAACCAGGAACUCAGAUACUGUCUCUCCUCUUCCUCAGGGACAGGCAGCUCCAGCAUCACAAGCUCUCAGCUAAAGCACUUCUCUUUCCUGGAUUCAGCUUGAGAGAGCUCUGGGAGAAACUGGCCAGGCUUGGGUCACGUCCCCACCUAUUGGACCACUCACGGUAGCCAGGAAUGGAUAGGGUAAGAUCUUAUGCUUGGCCCUGCGUGGAUUAUGUGUCCGCCCUGUGGCCAGGGAGAGGUGAUCCAUUUUCAGAAGAAUAGGGUAUCAUACACAUGGGCACUGGAGAAAUCAAGAGCUAGGUAGCCAUGUAAUUUGUUUCCCCCUUUGGUGAAAAUGCUUCAAAAUUCCAUUAUUUAAAAAAUGAAAUAAUAUUCCAAAGAGUCACUGCUGACUGUUUCCAGGGAGGCCGAAAUUUCCCCAACCAUCAUGACUGCUGCAGCUUUUAAGUAGAUGGUGAGGAUCCUGGGAACUGCAUAACCUGUUCACAUGGCCUAGGAGCCCACCAAAGCAUGAUUAUUGUUAGCCUAGGCUUACGUCCAGGGAACUUGCUUGGACUUCUUUGUACAUCUCUCAUCCAUACUCACCAUCUAAGUAAAAAGUCCCCAAACAUCUGCCUUCUCUUGUACUCUUAGGCAUUUGUACAUCUUCUCUCAUUUAAUUCUGACAAUAUUUUGAAACAUAGGCAUUAUUAUCCACAUUUUAUAGUUGGCAGGGAACAAAGAAACUAAAGCACAGAGAGGUUAAGUUGUCCCAAGAAGAAUUCUUGUCCCAAGAAGAAUCCCCAUUCUCCUUUGGGAUUACUCUCCUAUUUCCUCUCCUGUCUCCACUCCCCCGCAGGCUCAUUCACUAAUUUCACUAGUUUGUUUUACAAAACAAAUGCUCCCACACAUUUGAUCCAAUCACAGAACAUUCCUUCCACUUCCUUGGCUGACUUGUUCCUAAAGAACUGGUUCUUCUUCAGCCUUACAAAAAGAAGACUCUCACUCUUCACAUUCAACACCUCAGUCAGGAUGUGGGAUCAGAUUUCAGAUCAUUGUGCCCCUAUUUUUAUUCUUUGAGAAGAGUGAUGUGUCCAAUUGAUCCAUGAUUAUGUUAGCAGUUAUCAUACUGAAUUGCUGUUUUUCUAUUAUUUGUCUCCAUCAUUAGAUGGUAAUUAUCUUAAGAACUGGGACUGCAAACCUUGGACAUAACAGUUUCUCAGUAUGUGAAUUGAACGAAUGAAUGAUUAAGCAAAUGAAUGAAUGAUGAACUAAAGACCAUGGGGUUCAGUAUCAAAAAAUCUGGGUUUGAAUUCUGUCUCUAUCACUCUCUGAGUGACUUGGGACAACUUAACCUCUCUGUGCAUUAGUUUCUUUGUUCCCUGCCAACUAUAAAAUGUGGAUAAUAAUGCCUAUGUUUCAAGAAUAUUGUCAGAAUUAAAUGAGAGAAGAUGUAAAAAUGCCUAGUACUAUGUAGGGCAUAUAGAAGAACUCUGUAAAUAGCAGCUUUAAAAAGGAGAUGUUAAAAGACUUAACAAAGACAAGUGGAGGGAACUCGUUGGUCACCACUAGGGAGAACAUUGGCCAAGGCUCAUGACUUGGACCUCUGGAAUAUAUACUGGAUACCUUCAGGGUCAAAGGUAGGGGGGAAAAUGGCAUAACAAAGAAAACCAUGGCAGAAAGGAGCCAAAAGUCAUUAUUACUAAACUGAAAGUUCUCUGAGAAGAGUGAUAUACCUAAUUUAUUAAUGUAUACUUAGCAUCUAGCGCUGCACCAUACAUUACAAAUGUUUGUUGAAUAAAUCAGUGAAUGAAUACUGAUUAGGAUCUUUUGAGAUUCUUAACCUUGACAAGUGAUCUAUGAAUUUAAUAUUUAAAAUAAUUUUAAUGUAGAAGAGAUAUAUAAAAUAUUCCUAAUGUAGAAAAUGUAUUUAAUCAACAGAUUUCAUUGAGCAGCCAUUAUGUGCAAGGGACUUAGGUACAAAGAGAGGGGAAAGCGUCGGUAAGCUCAUCCUCAAGAAACAACUGCUAUUAACAUCUUGAGUAUUUUUCCUCUUUUCUUUUCUUUUCUUAGGAAACAUAUUCUGUGAAUUCACUUUACUACAUCAGACAACCAUAUAUGAUAAUCAGCAAAUAAAAUUUUCAAUGUAUGUCUGACCCUUUUAUUUAAAUGAAGAGGACUAUUCUAAUUUUCUAGUCACUUGCCUCAACUUUUCAAGUUCCAUUUCAGUAUACGAAGCUUGAAAUUGAAGGAAAAGUGAAGAAGAGAUGUGAGGGGGAAAUUAAAAAUAAGUUUCACUCACAUUUUUUAAUUCACUUUCAUAAACCCUAAAUAACCUACAAUUUAAGUUAUUAAAAUUUUAGUUCAGGAGAUUUUCCGAGCCUUUUGCUGGUGAAAGCUUUCCCUGAUAGACAGAUUCAGGAUUUGGGACAGGAGAUCCUGAUCUUUGAGACCAAAGCAAAAAUCUCAAACUCUUCUUUCAGAUCUAUUUUGCUCUAAGUGAAACCUGAAGCAUUUAAAAAUCCAUCCAUGUAUAGUAACACCCCAGGCUUUUUCCUUAUCAUCAUGACUUGAGAAAUUAAGUCUGACCACAGACUUAACAGUGAUUGCAGGAAUAGCUAACUCUUUGCUCUGUGCUUAAGUUUUCACAUCAUUAAGAUCAUUCUAAAUUUUAACUCUUUUAUCUCUCUUUUUUCAAUUAUCUUUCAAACACAAGUAUUUCCAUGCCAUUAAAUUACCUAUAAACAUGAUAAUGUUUAAUGUCUACAUAAUAUUCUAUUAUAUGAAAAUAUCAUAAUUUUCUUUAAAUUUUCUCUUUUUUGGACAUUUUGGUUUCCAACUUUUAGCCGUUAUAAACCACACUUGGAGCAAAACUUUUUCUUUCAGAAAAAGGCCUUUCUUUCAGCAAAGAUCUCCCCCAGACGGACAAUCAUUAAUUCAAAAGGCAUAAAGGUGUUUUAAGUUCUCAAUACAUCAAUUGACUUUUACCAUGGUAUAAGAGAGCACCUAUUUCACUAUACCCUUACCAGGUAUCUUAAAUAAUAAUACCAGGUAUCUUAAAUACCAGGUAUCUGGGUCAUCUUAAAAGAAGGGGAAAAUUUUUGACUAAUUUGAUAGAUGAAAUGAUAUCUAAUGUUAACUUAUAUUUAUUGGAUCCCUGAUAGGGUUCAAUUCUUGGCCAUUUCUGUCCCCUCAUCUGUGAAUUCAAUUGUUUAUUUCUCUUUUAAGAUGUUAACGCUUUAUUGAUUUGUACAGGCUCUUUGUAAAAAUAUAAAUCUGUUGUCUGUCAUAUUUAUGGUGGAUAGUUUUCUCUAUUCGAUUUUUGCCUUCAACAUCCAUUCAACACAUAUUUAUCUGAGUCUCCCCAAGGCAUUGGUCUAGUCAUCAAGGAUGAAACAGACACAGUUCCUGCCCCUAAGGAUCUCCGAGUUUAACAGGGGAAGGCAGGGGAGUAAAUGAUGAGUGCAGUAAGGCUUUCAAAUGCUCUGUUGGAAGUACAAAUAGACUAGAGUGGCCGCACUAAAAGAGGUGAGUGGUCACGUCUACACUUACCGGCUAGGAGAGGCUUCACAGAGGAGGUGAUUCUUAUCUAAGUAUAAAAUGUUGGGUAAAUUACUAGAGCGACAAGGGACAAAGUGGGAAAAAGCAUUCCAGGCAGAGGGAACACCUACAGACAGGGCCUGCUAGGGAAACGUCAAUAGCUGGUGUUAGGCUAGGGAAUAAAACUAAAACGUCAGGCAGGUCUUGAGAAAGAAGGGGCUCCAGACCUCAGAGUCACAUAAUUUUUUAAAUUAUAUAUAACUUUAGAUGUUUAAGUCAAAUUGAGUGUUACCUUAUUCAUCUCUUACAUAAUAUUUAAGCUAAGAAAGUCCUUCCUGACCCAAAACUUUAAUACUUACCUUGUUUUCCUCUAGUUUCCAUUUUUAAUACUUUGUUUUCAUUUUAGUCUUUACAUUUAACUGUUUAAUCCAUCUGGAAUUGACUUUGGUGUGUAUAAGGUAAGCCUCAUUUGAUUCUUUUUUCUGUUUUAAUGUUUAUCACGUCUAUAUUGUCCAUUAAGCUUUUCUCCAUAACCCUAUUGUGCCAGUGGGUAAAACAGGGAGUGCUGAAUAGCUAAUAAAAUGUAUUCCCAGUUGGGGACAAUGCUUCAGGAAACAAAAGAAAUUUCUCUGGGGUUUGCUCUUUCUCAGAGGUGUGUUAAACACUACAGGUACAAACUCACAGCCAUUUAGGAUCACCGCUCUCAGAGUACUACUGCUACUUUGUAUUUAUAGAUUGCAAAUUUUUUAAGGAGCCAACACUUUCCACAGAGAGGACUUUAUUCUCAUGACCACUGAAGCCGGGAGAGGGAAGAGGAAUAUGUCACCACUGCUUGAUUUGUUUACUCCCACAAGAAAUUAUGUGGAGUCAGGCUUCUUCCCCUGAUGCUGGCUGGAAAUCAGGUGGGCUUGGCAUCUCUGUACAGUACAGGCCAGACACUGGGCUGAGAGCUGUGACUGGUUAGAUAGGCAAGUAUAACCUGACCAGAUUGGUUCUGGACUCACCGGAGUCCCCCUGUGGUUACUUCACAGCAUUCUGAAGACCUGUCCACCAAUCACAGGGCUCCUUACUGGGUGAAAAAAACGACUGCUAGACAUUGCCAGGAGUCCCUAGCAACACCACGGCUUUUGAAAUCUGGAGGGGGAGGCCGUGCAGUCAGCCGAUAGUAGAGGAGAGUGCUGAUGCCUCAGGAAAAGACGGCUCUCAGGAUGGACACCCCACCCUCUGAAGAACCCUUAGAUAAGCAAAACAAAAAUCUAGAAAACCAGGAAGAGGAGAUGGAGUUUAAGGAACUGGAUGGUCUGAGGGAAGCCUUGGCAAACCUCCGGGGACUGUCCGAAGAGGAGAAGAGUGAGAAGGCGAAGCUGUACUCCCGCAUCCAGGAGCAGUCCCAGCUCAUCUGCAUACUGAAGCGGAGGUCAGACGAGGCCCUGGAGCGCUGCCGGAUCCUGGAGCUGCUCAACACAGAGCUGGAGGAGAAGAGGAUGCAGGAUGCUGAGAAGCUGAAGGCCAAGAGCGAGCAGGCCCAGAGGCUGGAGGAACGCUUUAUGACCCUGGCAGCCAACCAUGAGUUGAUGAUCCGCUUCAAGGACGAACACAAAAGUCAGAACAUCAAGCUGAGAGAGGAGAAUGAGAAGCUGAGGAUGGAGAAUGACCACCUCUUCAGCCAGGCUCUGAAGGACCAGGAGGCCAAAGUAUUGCAGCUCACUGCCCGGAGUGAGGCCCUCACCAAGGAGCUGGAGUCUCUGAAACAGAGGAGCGCUCAGGAGGCCUGCCAGGCCCAGGCCCGAGAGAAGGAACUGCUGGAGCUGUUCCAGAGCCAGCAGGCCUGCGCCCACACCAAGGACACAGAGCAACUGCGCAACCAGCUGCAGAGCCUCAAGCAGCAGCACCAACAGGCCAUGGAGCAGAUGGCCAAGGCCGAGGAGGCACACAGCCAGCUGAACCAGGAGCUGCAGGCCAGGCUGCAGACCGUCACUUGUGAGAAAGACGAGCUGUUGCAGCUGUCCAUGGAGAGGGGCAAGGUGCUUCAGAACAAGCAAGCAGAGAUCCGCCAGCUUGAGGAGAAGUUGGAGACGGCCGAUGUGGCCAGGAGGCGUGCGCUAGAGCGGUUUGAACAAGAGGCAGUGGCCGUGGACAGUAACUUGAGAGUCCGGGAACUCCAGCGCAGGCUAGAUGGGAUCCAGAAGGCCUACGAUGAACUCAGGCUGCAGUCAGAAGCCUUCAAAAAGCACAACCUGGAUCUUUUAAGCAAGGAGAGAGAACUCAACGCCAAACUCCGCCAUCUCUUUCCAUAAGGAAGCUUCUGGUUCCUCUGGCCUCCAAUUUAGAAAUCAAGUAUUUGUGCCUUGUGGCAAGAGUAAAGAUGGGAUUCCAUUUAUUCUACUUUUAAGUACAAGAGACCACUCAAAGAAAAACUACUUUACUAUGACAUUGUUGUUGCCAUUGUCAGGAUAACACCAAUUUUCAGUCCUACCACCUAGAAUACACGAGAUUAACCAAAUUUCUUUCUGUGCCUUUGAAAUCUCCCUAAGUUUGCUAUCAGUAUCUCCACCUCCCCCAUAACUCAUUCAUUCUCAACCUCAGGUAUCUUCAUGUGUCCUAAGUUUUAAAAUUAGCAGCCAUUAUGGACUUGAGUGAAUCUUUUUUUUUUUUUUUAAUUUAUUUAUUUUUGGCUGUGUUGGGUCUUCAUUGCUGCACACGGGCUUUCUCUAGCUGUGGUGAGCGGGGGCUACUCUUUGUUGCGGUGUGUGGGCUUCUCAUUGUGAUGGCUUCUCCUGUUGCAGAGCACGGGCUCUAGGCACACAGGCUCCGUAGUUGUGGCUCGAGGGCUCUAGAGUGCAGUCUCAGUAGUUGUGGCACACGGGCUUAGUUGCUCCACGGCAUGUGGGAUCUUCCCGGACCAGGGAUCGAACCCAUGUCUCCUGCAUUGGCAGGCGGAUUCUUAAUCACUGAGCCGCCAGAGAAGUCCCCUUGAGUGAAUCUUAAAAGUGCAAUGGGAUGUGUUACUGUGAAAAGAAAAAACUAGCAUAAUUAGCCCUUGUAGAUAGGUAGGCUUGUAAUCUCCCGUAGUUGAGACUGUAAGCUAUAACAGUUAAUAGCAUAUUAAUAGCAUGGAUAACUUGCAGAAAAGUGUCUGAUUUUGCAACGGACCAAACAGUUGCUUGCUUCACCUGCUUUAUGGCAGUAUCCUUUCUAUUUUAUUUUAGUUGCACUAGCUCGGAGAACAGAAAUUGAGCUCAUUAAUUCUUUUCCAAAGUAGGCAAACUUUAUUAUAGUCAGUUAAAUUCUUUUCCAAAGUAGGCAAACUUUAUUAUAGUCAGUCUAUAUGAGCAAUAAGAUUCAAGUAAGUAAAAUCAACCCAUUUUAAUUUUUCCUGCAAGCUUAGAUCACAUUCCAUUUUCUUGUUUUUUCUCCUUAAUAAAAACAGGACUUAGAGGUACAAAAAAGCAAAUAUCAGUAGUUUCAUUUAAUAUUGCACAAUAUGCUAAUAGACAAAAGUCCCCAGUUUGGGGUAAUAGAUCAUAGCACACUGGAUAUGAUACCUAUAGCAACACAUAGUGAUUGUGUUUCUCUUAACAUACUUUCUUGCAACUCUUUCAUUUUAUAAAAAAACCCAUCUAAAUGGAAUGUAUAUAUGUAUACUUACCUCAUUUUUGUAGGAAUACUUAAAUGUGUAAUGAUAAAAACAGAUAAUAGUUAUUAUAUUUAUGCAAAGUUCUUAAAGAGGUAGAUGUAAAACUACACUUUAUGCUUCCUUAUUUCCCUGUAUUUAGUUGACAUAGAAGCAUUACUAUGAAUACUUCCCAAAAUAGAUUGCAGUGUAGUAUUUUUCUCACCCAUUUAGUGCCAAGAGUGCCAAGAGUUACCUAAUGAUUUGAAUUUAUUAAAAAAUAUUACUUGGUACCUUUUUAAUAAACAAUUUUAAGCAUCACUUGCCUUACCUAAAGUAAUUUUUAAAACCUAUUUUCUCACAGUUCUAUUAAGAUUGUGGUAUUAAAUACAAAUUCCAAGGAUCCACCUUGCUGGCAUGAAAGGACUAUUUACUUCCUCUUACACAUUACCAAGAAUCAGAAUAUAUAGGAGCUGAUUAAGGUUACCCUUUACUGAGUCCAUACUAUUUAUCAUUGAACUGAAGCACUUUCAAUAUAUUGUUUUAUUUAAUCCUUAGCAACACUGAAGAAGGUAAUAGUGUUCAUUUCUGUUUCAAAGAAGAGGAAAUUGAGAUUCAGCAAUUUGCUCAAGGCCAGUUGGUCCCUGGGGAGCCGGGAUUUUGAUGACAACAUCACACUGAAAGAUUUAUUGACUGUCUACUGAGUACCAAGCUCUGGGGGUGGGCACUGAGAAUAAGCAUGAAGAAGCAUGUUUUUUGCCCUGGAAGAGCUCCCACACAGUCUAGCCCAGGGGCAAAAGAGCAGUCACAUACAGUGUAAUGUGUUUUCACAAGGGGUGUUAUGAGAUCACAGCGGGUAAAACACACACACACACACCAGUUAAGAGCCUGAGGGUAAGGGUUGGGAUGGUAGAGAGGAUUGCCCGGGAUGACUAACACAGAAGUUGAUAUAUAAGCUGGUUCUUAAAUAACUAGUAGAAUUUUAUCAGAACAUUGUUUGAAGGAAUACCUGCGUGGGUGCUUGCUGUUCUAUCCAGCCCUCAUUGACUCAGAUACCUGUGGAGUAGCGGUGGCUUGGUCGGGGCAGGAAUGAUUCUCUGUUCCCCACUAUGACAAGAUGAAGAGAACUGGGCAGACAUUUGAGAUACUACCUCUUGGCACAUGAAUAAAGGAAAAAGGGCCACGACCCUAACUACUCUCCCCAAAGCUGACCAGAUGACUUGUCUUCAUUAUUAUUGGCCAAAAUUGGGCCAUAUGCAAAUACCCCAACCAAACAUCUUCAUGGGCAAUGUUGCCACCAUGACUGACUUGGACCAAUCAGGAUCUGCCUGGAUCCUGGAUAGGAUAGGAAUGAAGCCAAUCUCUGUGGUAUAUAGUACAUGGGGCUACCUGACAAAAGCAGGGCUUUGCCAGUGAGGUUGAAGGGAGAUGGAUGUUGGGUGGGCCACCAACAGUGUCUGCUGUACCACAUCUACUUAGAUUGACAGGGCUUUAUCAGGCAGGGAGUCUUUUUUUCUUUCAAUCUCAGCCUCUUAAAAAAGUUGUUGGAAUUUUGGGAGGUGGCCAAUAAUGGACUUUUCUAAUCAUUUGUCCAUCUCCUUAAGGACAAACUGGAUAUUAUUUUCCAAACAUUAAGAACAUCUUAUUAAAUGUAAGGGCCUAGGGCUACUUGAUGUUCUUUUCAAACCUUCUGUUUAUCCCAUUUGGCAAAAACUAAUCCAAGAAAAAAAUUUCCCCUUGGACAGAACUCCCUGGUCAUUCAUUACACAUUCAACUAACUACAAUGCCCCUUCUCCAACCCCCUCACUCCUCAGUUCAACAAAGGGACUUAUCCUAGCUAUUUGUCAGACUCUCCCUAUUUAAUGCUUCUAAUCCACUCUUAUUUGCACUGGUGUAAAAUAAUCUUCCCUUUCAUGUUUAAGAUGAUUCAUUACAGAAUUGUUUGUAAUAGCAAAAGAUUGGAAAUACCCUACAUACCAUCAAUAUGGAAACAAUUAAAUAAACUGUGGGCCCUCCAAACCUUGGAAUACAUUGCAAAUGCAAAAAAAAAAAAAAGAAAAAGAAAA